AUGGGGUCUUUAUAUGCGCAUAGACUUUCGGGAGGGCCUUGCGCGUCAGUAGAGCCUCCAUGGAUCAAUACGACGCAGGCUUUAGGUGUUUCUUGGCCCGAUGCUCCCCCGAUAUCGACGAAUGCGGUGACGACUGGUCUACCUACUCCCCUCGCGACGGCUACAAGUGACCAAAUUUCCGAUAAGAGAGGAUUGAGCUAUAACGACCCAACGUUGACAGCGGCUUUCCAAGGAGCCAUGGUUACUUGGGGCUAUGACUGGACCAGCCGAACGGGGGAGUUGCCCCUGGAAAUUGAAUAUGUUCCAAUGCUGUGGGGCCUUGGGGGCACAUCCACUUGGACGUCCGACGCCACCGCUGCUAUCGAAGCAGGUUCAAGGCAUCUCUUAUCCUUCAACGAGCCGGAUAUUCCUACACAGGCCAACCUUUCACCAGACGUCGCUGCGGUGAGCCACAUCCUAUAUAUGAAUCCGCUUUCGGAUCGGGCUUGGAUUGGCUCACCAGCGAUCUCGAAUGGCGUCAGUGACAGCCAAACUAUGGGGAUUGCUUGGUUAGAGCAAUUUUUCAAGGCCUGUAACUCUUCUUGUGUUGUCGAUUUUGUUACGUUUCAUUGGUAUAGUGACGCCAGCCAGCUAAGUGACCUACAAUCUCACGUUGAAAAUGUUGCGUCUAUUGCCUCGCAUAAUGGGAUCGACACCGUCUGGCUCACCGAAUUCGGUGUAACAGGCACCGAGGUUGAUCAAGAGUCAUUUCUUACGUCUGCUUUGGCCUGGCUGGAUGAACAUGACCAGGUGGAAAGGUACUCUUAUUUCAUGUGUGGUAACGGCACUCUGCUGGAUGGCUCUUCGCUAUCGGGGCUAGGGCGCAUCUAUAGUGAUGGCUCACCGGAAUGA